AUGCCUCAGUAUCCUAGCAAUUUUGUGCUGGCAGCUGCAAUCUCCGGCAACAGCUACAAACAGAGGGAGUGUACAUCAAAACUCACUUGGCAGCAGCUCCAUCCGGCAAACAGCCGCCUCUCAUCUUCUUCCCCUCUCCUCUCCCGUCGCUCCACCUUCAGCCUCCCCUUUCUCUCUUUCCCCCUCUUCUCUCCUCAUCCUCUCAUCUCCUCCCUUCUCCUUGCUGCCUCCCUCUCGUUGUCCAGCAAUAGCGAGGCAAGCAACGCAGCAGCAACAGUUCGGCGAUGGACCAGCAACAGCUUCCAACAACUCCGGACGGCAGCAGCAGCUUCGACGAGAACCAGCAGCAACAACGAAGCCAGCAACCAAACGACGCAGCAGCGACCAGCGCCUCCCAUCAGCAACCAGAAGCCGCCGGCUGACUGCAACAACGCGCAACCGGCAACGCAGGCAGCAACCUCAACCAACACCAGCAGCGAUGGAGGCUGCUCUGACCGGCUUUCUCCGUCCAGCGAGGUAUUCGACAAGCUUUUAGCUCCGAGCUUUGAUGGGACAAUCAGAAUUCUAUCAGACCCAAAUCGUGACUCCGACAGCAACGAACUCUCAGAUCUGCUUGGGAAAGUAACGACAUGGUAUAGAGACUAUUGUAUGGAAAUCAUUUGGGCAGAAAUACUUCUGAAGAUCAUCCAAUUUCCAUGUAUGGGUAUUUUUCUCAAUAAGAUCUUUCACUCUCAACUCGACAUCUAUUUGAGCGAGCAUCUAACUAGGUUUGAUUCCACUAGAGUUAGGAAUCCAAGGAUCUGUCCACACUUUAAUACAAUCUCCAGAGCCUAACCUCUAUCUAAUGCCCUUUUGUACGAGAUCUCUAUCUCAAAUAAUUCUUUUCCAUAUCCAAGAACUAUUAAUUGAACAAGUGGCUUUAAGGAAGGAAGUAUGUGAAAAAUAUUUACUCUUCAGGAUUCUAACAAGUAAAGACUCUUUUUCGGUUAAAAUUUGCCAAGCAAGAUUUGCCAACAAUGCUUGAUUAAAUGACUUUAAAUCUCUAAUGCCUAUUCCCCCUUUAAACUUAGCUAAACACAGAUUCUCCCAUUUUCAAAUUGCAUCUUUCUAUUAUCCUUAUCAUGCCCUCACAAAAAAUUAGAGAAGAUAGUCGUAAUAUCUUUACAUAUGGAAUCCGGAAAUUGAAAACAUGAUAGGGCAUUAGAUGGAAUUGCAGAUAAAACAGAUUUCAACAUCACUUCUUUUCCUACUAGACUUAGAAGUUAUUUUUCCAUCCUUUUAUUUUGAAUUUCACCCUAUCUUUAAUAAACUCUAGCAUUUUUAUCUUAGAUCUUCCAACUAUCGCAGGAAGCCCCAGAUAUAACCCUAUGUUAUUUCAUUGUAGUUGUCCUAACACUUCAUUAUUACUAUCUUUAUCAAUAUCAAAACAAUUUUUACUAAAGAUAAUAGCUGAUUUAGUGAAGUUUAUCAUUUGUCCCAACACUUCUCAUAAGUUAAUAACAUUUCAGAGAUUUUUUGAGCGUUUUGGGCUUUACAAAAGAUAAAUGAGUCAUCAGCGAAAAAAUAAAUGAUUAAUUGUAGGACUUCCUCUAUUUAAUCUUAACCCUUGUAUAUCUCCACAUAAUUCUGCAUGAUUUAUGAGUCUAGAGAGACCUUCAGCACAUAAGAGGAAAAGAUAUGGAGAAAGUGGAUCUCAUUGCCUUAAUCUUCUAGUAGGUUUCACUCCUCCCGCUAUGUCCCCAUUAACAUUAAAUUUAUAUGUUAGGGUGGUGAUGUAUUGCAUAAUCUAAUUAAUAAAAGUUUCAUGGAAACCCAUUUUAGCAAGUAAUUUUUAAAUAUAAAUUCACUCAACUCGAUCAUAAGCUUUAGCCAUAUCUAGCUUAAGGGCCAUAUAUUUUUGUUUCCCACGUCUUUUACUUUUAAGAAGAUGAAUGAACUCAUGUGCUAGAAAAACAUUAUCUACUAUUUGUCGUUUUCCAAUAAAAGCAGAUUGAUUUGGAGAUAUAAUAUUGGGUAGGUAGACUUUCAGUCUCUUAACAAUAAUUUUGUACAUUGUAGAGCAUAAACUUAUGGGUCGAAAUUGACUUACAUCACUAGGAUAUUUCACUUUAGGGAUCAAAGUUAUAAGAGUCUGAUUCCAAGAAGGUAGCAGAUAUCCUAAAUUAAAUAGUUUUUUACAACUUCAUAAAUAUCAAUGGAUAUAAUAUUCCAAUACCUUUGAAAGAAUAAGGGUGUCAUUCCGUAUGCUCCUGGAGCUUUUAAAGGAUGCAUAUCAAAAUCUGCUUACUUAAUUUCCUUGUUUGUUAUUCCUCUAGUUAGCAUAUCAUUAACCGAAUCAUCUACCAAGGUAGUAACUAGAUUAAGAACGUGAUCAAAAUCCGUAGGUCGGGAAGUAGGUAAUAAAUUUUUAUAAAAUCUUUUUAUCUCUAUUACAAUAUCAUUAUGAUCAGAAAUCCAACUUCCAUCAUCUAAAAUAAGCCCCUUAAUAUUAAUACACUUACGCCUUUGAAUCGUUUGAAUAUGAAAAAAAAAGUGUUCUUAUUGCCUUCCAAAAGCCAUAAGGUUCUAGAUUUUUGUUUCCAAUAAGCUUCUUCAUCCUUAUACACAUGUCCUAAUUCUUUGCGAAGCAGCCUUAAUUUAUUAAGAUCAAAAUUACUUGGGUCGUUCUUCAAAUCAUCGAUUCUACUUUUAAUUCCUUGAAUUUUUUUCUUAAAGUUUUUACUACCCCUCGAAGAAAAGCUAAUAAAUAAGUUCGACAAUUCUUUAGUUUAAAUAUAUUAUUUUGGAUUGUUGAUGCCCUACACCAAAGCUAUUCCAUGAUCGAUCAAUAGUUCUAUUUACCUCUUCCUUGUCACUCCAACGCUUAUCAAAAUAGAACCUUCUCUUUUUUUCCUAAAAUUAAUCUCUGUGUUCAGUAACAAAGCACUAUGAUCAGAAGCCUCUGUUUCUAUGUGAAUUGUAUUUGCAAGGCUGAAAUCUAAUCUCCAAACCGGCGAGCUUAUGAUUCUAUCUAGUCUCUCUUGAAUUAUACCAUCAUGUUCUCUAAAGCACUACCAAGUCCAUGAUUUUCUAGUGAAGCCUAAAUUUAUUGCUCCUAUAUCCCAUAAAAAGCUUUUAAAAUCUCGAAAGGAAAAGAUCUCCCUUAAUCUAUCUCCCAAUUUUUCAGAUCAUUAAAAUCCCCUGCCAUUACUCAUAGCAAACCACACCUAGUUGAUCUAUAUAACAAUUCUUGUAAUUGAUUUCUACGAAUAGUUUUAUCAGUACUUAAAUAAACAAAGAUAUGCCAAUAUUUAUAAUCAUCUACCAAGUCAUGAAUGUAUGUUUCAAUAUAAAAAGAUGUUGAAUUAGAUUGACAUACCUGAAUAUCGUCAUUCCUAAAUAAGCAUAAUCUUCAUGCUAGUCCAACCGUAUCCACCGUUAUAGUGUGUCCCAUGCAGUUGUCUUUGAAUUCUCAUUACCAUUAUUUCUCGAUUAUUUGUUUCACUUAAGAAGAUCAUAUUCGAGGAGUGGAGACGCAUUGUCUCCUUCAGAAAGGGAACUGUCAAGGACCCCCAAGGCCUCGACAAUUCCACACCAAA